ACAGCAGAUGUGUGACGCCGGCGCUUGUUGGAUAACGCCACACAACAAAAAACGGUUAGGUUAUGUGUUUUGAAGCGCGUCAUGUUUGAGUCGUUUGUUUACACUUGUUUCUAACAUUGUUUAAUCAUUAUUUCGUAGUCAAGUGUUAAUUUUUACAGUCAAAAUAUCAAGAUAAAAAAGAAUUGGAUAUUUUUCUUGUGCAGUGUAAAUAGAAAAUGUAUGUUCCAAACAAGUAUAAUAUAAUGCAGUUUAACUUAACCUUAAAAUGAAACAAAUAUUUUUUUAAAUCAUUUUAAAUAAUAAUUCUAGUAAAAAGUUUUUAAGUGAUUUAUUUAAUUUAUAUUAAUUUAUAACUGUGAUUGUUUUCUUUUCACUUUUUUUUUUUUAAUUGGAAUAAUUUUUAUUAUAAUGAGAGGAAAAAGUGUGUAUAAUGAGUGAUUCCGAUGAUACGGAUGUUUUACUUUUAAUUCCCCCGGAUUUAUUUAUUGUGCCCUCCUCUGAAUCUGAUGAAGAAAAUUCUUGUCGAACAAAACCUGGUGUUGUUUCGGAAUUAAUUGGACAUUUACAAUCUCUUGAAAAUAGGGUUUCCGCCAUCGAGUCCAAGGACAACAGUUUGGAUACAUCUCUCAACAAUUCACUAGAACUUCCAAGACGCGCUUCCUAUUCGAGUCCCAUAAGUCGUAGGCGGACACUACCUAAAACCAAAUUUUCCGUAAGUCAUAAUUCAAGCUUAGAAAAUAGUCCUGAUAAACCUCGUACCAGUUCUUCGGUGCCAUCAACACCAAGAACAUUGUUGUCAUCAUCAAAUAAUCGUACUAACGAUAUCCUGUUUAAUUCAAGAAACAUUUGUGAUCGCCUUGCUAGCAAUAAUAAUAAUAAUAAUAAUCAUUUAAUUAAUUCUAACUCUCAUUCACGAACAAAGCAUGGUGAUUUAAUGUCAUUACCAGACGCUUCCAUGAAACGCUCCGCUUCGCAAAAUACAGGAUUCAUGCAUGCAAAUCGUUCCCCAAAAAAGGGUACUUGCUCAUUAUUAUCGCACGAUUAUUUAAUUUCAUCUGGGAAUGGUUCCAAUACUAAAACGCACGAGAAAUCUUUAAAAUCCUUACCAAAAAAUUUCAAUUCAUCUUGUCAAUUAGGACAAGCCUAUGCCAAGGUGAAACAAAUCAAGGACAUGAAUCUCUCGCAAGUUGAUGAACUCUUGCAAGAGAUGGAAGCCACGGAAUUAGAAUUAGCAAAAAGAAUUAGCAAUACAGAUUCGCAAAAUGUACAAAAAUCAAAAUUAAAUCAUGAUCAAUUUCGAGCAGGGGGAAAUUCUCGAAAACAUUCAACACCACACAAGAGAUUAGAUUUUGAUAAAGAUGAAAAAGAACUUUCAUUUUAUGAUUCAUUAUUGCAAAGUAGUCCAAGUAAACAAAUUAGUGAUAAAUUACUUGAUCUUUCCGUGCCAUUCGAUGAGACUUUACAAUUUAUUCAAACUGAAAAAAUGCUAUCCGAAUAUAAAGACUGGGAACCAAGUGCUUACCAUGAAUUUCCAAAUUGGAAAGAAUCUAAAGUACCUGCCGAAAUGACAAAUAAUGUUGUUGAAAAAAAAUCCACAAAUUUAGAAACUAAAACAGAUAAUUUACAUACGCAAUCACUGCCAGUACUUAGUGGAAAUUCAGAUAAUGGACAAAUUAAUGAUUCUGAAAAAUCUCGAUUAUCUGUUCAAUUUAAACAGAACGAUGAACCAUUUCAGGAGAAAUGUAAAAAUUUUAUUAGUUUGGAUAAUUUGCAAGAUAUCGAAAAUGAAGUUAAGAAUCUUAAUUUAAAUCCUUUUAAAAUCCCAGAACCACCUGCUGAUGGUUUUGAUAUUUUUGGAAGACAAUUACAUGGUUACGCGGAAAGUAAUAAAGAUGAUACACGUUCUACAACGAGGACAAAAAGUACAAAUAAUGUAUCUACCAAUACGGAAAGGAAAACACAGAGAUUAUUUACUCUUUCCGACUUUUGGGACACAAAUACAAACAAAUCUAACGAAGAAAUGCUUAGAAUUAAAUUGGAAGAGGAGAAAUUUCGAAGAGAGCAUUGUGAAUUUUUAAUUCAAGAAUUACAAAAACGAUUACUCGAGCAACAGGAAAAAGUUGCAGUCGCAAUACGCGUUGAUAAUGAGAAAAAUUUGGUAAUAUCACAAUUUCAAUCAUCGUGGAUGAAAUUAAAAGAUCGAUGGCAAACACUUGAAUUGGAUUACAAUAAUUUACAACGUUCAAUUAAAACAAUAACGGAGAAACAUCAAGGGGAAAUUUGUGAAUUUCAAGCACAAAUCAAAAGACUCGAGGGCGAAUUGUCAAAAACUUUGGACCUUGCGUCAGGCUAUAAAGAGAAAAGCGAUUGCCUGGUCAAAGAGAAGGUGGACAUUCUGAAAAGCCACGCAGAUGAAUUGGAGAAUUACAAACUAUUGGUUCAACAAGCUGAGAAAAGAUACGAUCAGAUGAAAGAAGACUGCAAUAAACUAUUGGAAAAGAAUCACCGCACUGAAGAAACCUUGAAGAAUGUUCAACAAGAAUUGAAUAAGGAGAGGUUAAAAGGCGGCGAGGUGAGGUCUGAAAUGGCAGUUAUUCACAAAGCUCUUGAUACUUGUGAAGCAGAAUUAACUGUACUUCGUCAGGAGAAGGAAAGUUUACAGUUGAAAGUAAGGGAGGAACAAAACAGAAACAGUAUUCUUGAACAAAAGAACGUCUCUUUACUUGCUAUGAUUGAUGACGUCAAAAAAUCAGAGAAAUUAGCCAAGGAUGAAAUUAAGUCUUUGAAUCAGCAGCAGGAUAAAAUCAAAGCAGAACUUCGAGAAAUAUAUCAGAAACAAGUGGAUGAGGUAGUGAAAUCUAAAUUACAAGAGUUUCAAACUCAACUCGAUACAGCAGAAGCAACAUUUCAGACGGAAUUCGAAACAAGACAACGAGCGAUAGCUGAAUGCGCAGCUAGAAAAAUAAAAAGUGUUAUUGACAAACAUCAGUUAGAAGUAAAACUAUUGGAAGAGAAGCAUAAGGAAGAAAAGAGAUUAUGCGAAAUUCAAUUAGCGCAAGCAGUACAAAAAUCUUGUAUGUUAGAAUCACAAUUGAAUACUCAACGAACGAGUAAAAAUCAUUUAGCUGAACAACUUCAUUCUGUUAUGCAGAAUCAGUGGCAACAGGCUUUGCGUAUAAUAUCAGGUGGAAACGGUGAUAGUGUUUCGUCUCUUCAAAGGAUUAGUGCUGAGAAUUAUUUCGAAAUAAAACAACCGAUGAAUGCAGAACCAAUGAAACUAGAGUCACAUAUUAAUAAAAAUCAUCAAUUUCAUGCAAAACAUUUUCAAGGCUUACAUGCCCAAGAGGAACACAAUGACAGUUUAAUUACAUUGACUUCAAACGAAGAAACACAAAAUAAAAAAGACUCAAAAAAUGAUCUUCGAAAAUAUAUCAAAAUGAUAUUAGAUAUGCAACAAUCGAGAGAUGAAUUUACAAAGGCAAAAUUUAUCGAAAAUGAUGUGGACAAAAAUUUUCCAAGGAAGCAUUAUUCGAAAAAAGAAUUGAGCAUUUUAAGCGAAGACAGUAUUACGUGGCAUCCUACCUCUGAGCCAAGUAUUCAUGAUGAAAGUGAAUAUUUCCCGAUGCCUCAGAAAGUAAUCGAAAAAGUAGAUCCUGUAAAAACGAAACCUCCGUGGAAAUGACAGAACUCUCAAAGGAUGAUAUCCUUGGACGAAGGCAUUGACGAGGUAGAUUUUAUUUUACAUCUAAAAUAGUUGUAAUUAUGCAUAUUAUUAAUUAGUAAAUUAACAAUUUAUAAACAUUUGUACAAAUUUUUAUAAAACAAAAAUGUUUUUAAUAAAAUAAUUUGUAUAUUUUUUAAAUAAACGUAA